GAAAAUCGGGGUUUGUGAGAUUUAAAUUUCAAGGAAUGGAAUGGUAGGGAAUGAUGCCACGUAAAUUCUCCCAUGCACGUGCAACACAAUGCAUGCCCUCUACCACGCUAAUUAUUUUUAUAUAAAUAAGUACUAAUUAAUUUCAAUUCCAUAGUAAUAAUAAUACGAUUAUUAAAAUAUAAUCAAUCAUACGACUUCGGAGUUCCUUGCACACUUCCUUUUUCCCGGCAGUCUAGUAAUUAUGUUUUGACGAUCCCUAGGAGAUAAGUAAAGUACACUGUAUGUAAUUAUGUAUGCAAUUUAGUAUGAAUACAUAAUUAAACAAUAAUAAUUUGGUUGAUAAUCAUAUACGUAUCCACACGCCGACCUCCACAAAAUCUGCUCCCUUUUGCCCUUUUCGCUCAUUUCCUAUGCCCCUCGAUCUCUACUUCCUUCUAUGACCGAUUUGCCCUUGCUUGCCACAAGUUAGAUUCUUUGAUCUCUACUAGUUCAGCUGAUUUGUGUGGCAACUUGCCAAUUUGAUUAUGAACUGUUCAUGGCUGGCAAGUGGGGAAUUGUCAACGGUCAAAUCCACUCGCAGCGUCGAAACAAAUGAUCAACAAUUAUAACGAGUCAUACACUUGUUAGUAAACGAUAUGUAUGAUACAUGAUUGAACCUCUACCUCUCGACAACAGUACUAUAUGGUUUUAAGACGAACUUUUUAUUGAGCUUGUAAAUAGGUAAUACUUGGUACUUUUUAGGAACUCCCAAUGCUUCUAUCUCGGAUUGUAACAUUGAAUACAAUGUUAUCAAUGAGUUUUCAUAUGAGUCAUUUUAGGAUGAUUGUCAUUUGGCUUUGAUUUAGUUGAUAAUUACCAAGUAGCUCUAUUCCGCGUUUCACUCUUAAGACCAUCUACAAUGAUGGUUCAAAAAUGCCACAAAAGCUGCUCAACCCCCUCUCCAGUUGGACAACAACAAGACACUACGUGAUGUAACGAUGUGACCCGUUGAGCAGCUCUCGAGCUACCCUACGAGGGAAGGAUUGCACCACACGCUAUAGUGUGUGGUGCAAUCCCUCCCACCAGAACGUUGUUUGAUGUUACUAUUGGCAAAAUUAUAUUUCUUGCCCCCAAUUUUUUUCUAAUGACUCUUUCAGCCCCCAACAACUAUUUUUCGCCAUAGAUACGUCAUGUUCAAUGACAAAAAAAAGUCCAAAUUAAAAAAAAUUACAUCAAAAUCUUCACCUUAAUUAACUAUUAGCUAUAUAAAAAUUAUCAACAAAUUAUGUUAAUAAAAUGAUGAAAUCUACUUUAAACAUGAUGAUGACAAAAAAAAAUUUAAAAGAGAUUUAACACCUUGACCUUUCCCGUUGUAGCAUCUUCACUUCUUCUUUUUUUAUAUAGAAAGAGCAUUUUCACUUUUGUGGGCCAUAAAUGUCAAAAAUAUUUGGGUCGUUUGGAUGAGGAAUUCUAAUGGAUCAAUCUGACACAAUUGUCUCGUUUUGAGUCAAUUGUGCUAGAUUGAUCCGUUUGGCAGCAGAAAAUUUGGAUGAAGCAAUUUGGACUGGGGAAUUCUGAAUUGACACAUUUUGAGCCAAUUACAAUUGUCUGGGGUGAGGGCAGGUAAUCUGAAUUGACUCGUUUUAAAUGACUUGUUUUGUAAAAUGGAACAAUUGGUCAAAUUGUCUCGUUUUACAAUGAUCCAUCCAAACGAUCCCAGAUUUUUUACAUUUUUAGCAACACCAUUGUUGAUUGCCUGAAGAAAAUAAACAAAUCAAAGAACUUGAUGGGAGGAGAAGAUGGUACUUUACUUCCCCCCUCCAACUCCCACCUCCAUCGAUCCCAAUAGAAGAGAAAGACGACAAACAAAAACAACCCAAUGGGAUCCUUUGACCAAUCAACCUCAAAUUUCCCUUCCUGCGGGCCGCCUCCACUUCUGUACGAAACACCCAACCAGACACUGCCACGUCCCCCACUCCGCCUUCCCUCAAUGCGCCAGUCACGAUCCAUCGACCUCACUCCCUCCCGCCCCCGCAGCUAAUGCUAUUGCGCGCCAACCUCAACAAUAUCAUGGACACAUAGUAACAUUGUCAAAUCGGCUUAUAUUUUGUUCCCUUAAUUUAGCAAAUAGAAUGGUUCGAUCAGUGGUACGAUUGGUUUGUAGUGAUUUAUAUCAGUUUUCCAAAAUAUGUAGAAUUGUGAAAAUAUUAUCAGAUAAUGAGUUCAAUCACAUAUAAAAAUAUAUCUGAAGACAAUUUACUUGCAAUUUACAUUCAUAUUUACUUGCAAUUCACAAGUAUGACGUCAUUUCGAUUUUGCUUAGAUGUCGUAAAACGAUCAUGCCGGUCAUACCAGUGAAUUUCACGACGGUUUCGUAACCGGAACAGGUCGAACUAAGUGCACCGACCGACAUUCCACCGGCAUGACAAAAAAAAAUCUUAAAAUGCAAGAGUUAACGAAGAAAAAAAAUCCUCACAAAGUUACGUUCGAUUCAAGUUUCGGCCUUGUUCAGAUGUAAGAUCACAGGGGUUUCCAGCGAUUUUUUUAGGAUAAUCUGUCAAGUUCGUUGCUAUAUCCAGCAAUCUAUGUGGUUCGCUGCUCUGUCUAGCCAUCCACUAGGAUUUUGGCGAUGUUCGCCUUUGUACGGCCCGAUCUCCAAACUCUGAUAUUUUGGAAAAUUUUGUUAUAAGAUGUUGUAUUGUGAACUUAUUAUAUAAGUAUUUUAAAAAAAAAUCUUGCAUUUUAGGAUAUUUUUUCAAGAGAUAUUUUAGCUCAGUAGCAGCCCUCUUCUUCUCUUCCCCCGUCGGCCAUUUCUUCUCCCUCACGGCUCGCAACCGCCCACGUUUUCAUACCCUCCACCCUUCCUUCCUCACCUCCCCUUAAAAUCAUAGUUCAUCCCCUUCCUAUCUCUCUGUCUCUCACUCACUCUCUCUCAAAAAUCCACCAGCUUUACUCUAAUUGAACUUCUCACUCUGUUUCGACUUCCGAUCUUCAAUUGUUUAUCGAUUUCCGGUGGUGGGUACCUACAAGCUUUCAAGAAAAAUGAUGGCCGCCUCUGCUUCCGGCGACCAAUUCAUGCCGCAGGGAAUCGACAGGAACUGGAAGCCCCACCUCGAGAUCGCUCCCGAUUGCCCGCGAUGCGCCUCCGCCAACACCAAAUUCUGCUACUACAACAACUACAGCCUCUCCCAGCCCCGAUACUUCUGCAAGGGCUGCCGCCGCUACUGGACCAAAGGCGGCUCCCUCCGCAACGUCCCCGUCGGCGGCGGCUGCCGCAAGAGCCGCCGCUCCUCCAAAUCCUCCCGCUCCGCAGCCCUCCGCGCAACUCCCACGGCGGCGCCGGAAACCCACAAGGGCAGCUGCAGCGGCGACUCGUCUUCCUCGUCGACGGCGGCGGCGGGAUCGGAUAUCGAUAUGGCCGUCGUUUUCGCCAAGUUCUUGAACCCCGAUUCGGCGGGGGCCAAGGUGGAGCCGGGUUUGGUUGAUGGGGGGUCGAAUUCGAAUUCGAUCUCGUCGACUCCGGAGAGCUGCGGGAUGGUGAUGAGCGCCGAGCAGGAUGGGUUUCUGUUCCCGCCGACGGCGGCGGCUGGAAAUUCGUUCGAGUUCUUUGAUCUUUUCCGGGAAGACGGGUUUCUGGAGGCGGGGAUCGGCGGCGGAGAAGAUCAACAUCAGGAGAGCAUGAUUAAUUCGCUUGGGUUGCAGACAUUGUUGAGCGACGAGAUGGCGCAGCUGGAGGCGGCUAUGUGGUCGUCGACGGCGGGGAACGAUCCCGUUCCGGCGACGGCGGCCUGGGAAACGCCGCAGCCGCAGGAGCAGGGGUUUGAUGCAGGGGAUUUCGGGAUUGCCAACAAUUGGGGUUGUUAUGAUCUGCAGCAGUUCCAGGGCAUUUACGACAUUUCGCACCACUCCUUAGCUAAGCCUCCAACAAAUUACUAAUAUAAUAAAGAUCUGAAAAUUCUUUUCUCAUUUUUUGACCUUCUUUUUAUAGAUAUUUCAUCUUUGAGUCAACAGCAGUUACUGGAAAGUUCUUACAGCUUACUAUUUUAUUUAUCUCACACCGAAAUGGAAAUAUAUUGAUCUUAAUUAAUUACUCCAUUUGUCAGAAACAUAAUUAUUGGAAAUAAUAAAGGGUUUUGCCUUGAUGAAUAUAUAUUAUACUGUGGCAGAAUUUGCAGUUACAACGCUGUCAUUCUUUCGAGUCUUAUGCCCGGUUUGUUUUGGCAUUUUAAGUAAAGGUUCUAAAUUAGAGAUGUUUUUUGCAGUUAGAACAUCUUGGAGCUAGCUUGUUUUGACGUGUAUAUUUAGGUUUUUUACUAACUGUUUAUAUGAAACUACUGAACAGACUUUUACAUUAAUAGUGUAUACAUGAAACUUGUUGAACAUACACACAUGUAUGUUUGUGGCUUGUCAGUUCUCAAGUUACAUGUGGGCGACAAGACGAAGAAGUAAGCGACUGUACUCGUUAACGACAUGAUAACUUUUGUACAUGUAACCAACAUAUGUAUGUACCCCACUAUCUACUAUGGACAAGCUGUACAUCAUUGAUAAAAAGAAAAAGAUAUGUCGAAUGUAACCAACAUAUGUAUGUACCCCAGGUGAGAGGGAAGGUGCAACAACAACAACAACUAGAUCGUCGAUGCACAAUCUUUCUAGUAGCUAGUAUUACUUUCUUAGACCUUGUUUCUCUUACCAAUUGAUAAUCGUAAGUGACAAAUCACAUCUCCAUAAUUCAUUUAAAAAAAUCGGAAAAAAACUUCCUUGUUUAUAAUUCUCGAUACACAUUACGAAACCCUAGUCGGCAAACGGAACAUGGUGGAGCUUUGAAUCUUAUCAAUCAUAUUGGUAGCUAAUUAGUAGAUGUACAAUCAACUUGGCAAAAAGAUAUUUAUCAAUAUACCACUCAUACACGUUCUUCAUUCUCUUAAUAAUUUUCGUGGUUAAUUAGUUUGUCUUUUUUUUUUUUUUGGUAAAAAUUAAUUAGUUUGUCCACUACUCUUAAAGUUGGAUUAAUUUACUGCAGUGAUCAUCAUAAUGAGCAAAAAGAAGUGGUUGGCCUUCAAUAUUUGAACGGUUUUAUUAGGCGGCAACUUAAUGGGUGAGAGUGAUAUAUAUCCUCAUAAUUUUGAGACUCUCUCACAUUCAUUAUGUAUUCAACAACUAUGUAGGAUCGGCUUUUAAUUACUUUUGGUGGCCAUUUUCUGCAGCUGUCGUUUGAUUGAGAUUGUACACUAGUACCAUUACCAUAAUAGAAACCAAAACCAUUUUACUCCGCCUGCGAUAGCGAGGAGGUUCGCUCAUUUAACACGGUUGAUAUUUUCUCUCUCUGACAUCCUAUAAUUCUCGUUACAAACUUCAACUGCCCAACUUGAUUGUGAUCAGAUGACUUACAAGUCUUUCUGAGUCCUCUGAUCUGACAAUUAUUUUGGACGCUUUGAUACGAUUACCAGUCGUAGCGGCUGAUAGUCCGAUUCAAGUCACAUCAACAACUAUAUACACUAGAGCUAGCAGCCGCCCCACCUCACUUAGCCACAAGUGUGCUCAAGCAUUAAACCAAAAAUAAAUCAUCCUGUCACACAUCUUUUUCAAAGACUUUAUUAUAAGGAUAGUGAUAAGUAUAGUACAAAUUUUAGGUGAGCUGGGUAUGCAAAUAAAUGAUUGCUCUUGUUAUGUAGGGGGUGGCAAGUGGGCAAACCAUAAUUAGAAAUUUUACUACUUCAUCAGGACUCACGAGCUUUUGUUUGAUCUACUACUUCAUCAGGACUCACGAGCUUUUGUUUGAUCUACUACUAACGACAACAAUUAACCGACGAAAUUCAUUAUAAUUACACUAGGCUAACAACAUUUUAUUUUAUGCUUAAUUUCAUCGUAUUUAUUAUUAAUAUUUUAUAGUAGUGGUUUUUAUGUAGUAGUACUUUUAUAUACUCAUAUUUGAUUUUUUAUUUUAUUCUGGUAGUAGUUUAGUGUUGUAGUGGUACUGGUUUUUUAUAGCCGCACAGAUUUUUGUGUUUUUGGUAUUGAUUGGCAUAUAAUUUAUUGGUUUCUGUUUAGUAGUAUUGUCGUCACUGAUUAAGUGGCUGUAAGAAUGUCUCACGGAUGAGUGACUUCAGGAGAAGUAGAAGUGAGAGAAGGGGAGUGAGAGAGAUUAGGGAGAAAUAAAUAUGGAAUUCUUAAAGAUAAAUAUGGAAUUCUUAAAGAUAUAAUAGAUAGGGAGGGAGAGAUAAAUUUGUAAUUUUCAAUGAUGUAAUUGAUAGAAAUAUGCAAUUUUCUAAAAGUAUAAUUUAGUAAAAACUAAAAUUAGUAAAUAUUUUGAUUUGUCAUCCCCAAAUUCUCCCUGGGUUGCAAAUUGCAAACCUAUCUUGUUUCUUUACCCACAUGAUUUUGUUCCUUUCCCCCGUGGAAUUGGAUUUGCCAUAUAUUUUGAGUGGUGAAUAUGAGGAUGAUCCUACUAUCCUAUCACAUGGAAACAAGGCCCAGAAUAUAUAUGGGGCAUUGAAAGUUGAAACACAUAGUUUUUUUUUUAUCAGCAUCCGGCGGACUAGUGUUGGUACGAUGGUGUUGAUGUGACUUGAAUCGGACUAUCAGUCGUUACGAUUGAUAAUCGGGGGUCUCGCUGCCCGGUCAGCGAGUUUGGUCCAGGGGCAACGCCCCCGACCCACGGUGUAUGGGCUCAAUGUUAUUUGGGUUCGGGUUUUGGGCCUGGUCUGUAACCGUUUCCUUUGCCAUAUUGGAUUAGGUUUAGACCCACAUGGAGAAGUACUAUAAAUACUUCUCAUACUCAUCUGUAAUCUGUAAUCUCCUCGAUAUAGUGAAACUGACUCUCUCUCGCCCGUGGACGUAGCUAACACACAUCGUGUUAGUGAACCACGUAAAUCGUGUGUCUGUGUUUUUCGUUUCUCGCUUUCGUAUUCUUGCUUUAUCGAUUCUAGCGAUUUCCCGAUCCAUAGCAGCGCGUUUAUAACAGAUGGCAUCCGAAACACACAGUAUUGUAUAGCACAAAUUUAUGAAUUACAUUUCAAAUCAUGUUAAACAAAGUAGAAAAUACAAUGUGCUACCCUAUACUCUGCCGUCUAUUAAAAACAAUUGCGUUAAAGAAAUUAGAGAUCAAACC